UUUUCCUCUGCUAGGCUGUGGAGAAGUAGUCAUGCCUUACCUGCAUCGGUCCCUGAGACCCCAGCCACAGCCAGUCCCCAGGGAUGCCAGGACUGUCCACUCCUCGGGCCACAGCUUUGAGCAGCUGAGGCAAAGCUGUCUGCAGUCGGGCACCUUGUUUGAGGAUGCUGACUUCCCUGCCAGCAAUAGUUCACUGUUCUACAGCGAGAGGCCCCAGGUCCCCUUUGUGUGGAAGCGGCCAGGGGAAAUUGUGGAAAACCCAGAAUUCAUUCUGGGAGGGGCCACCAGGACCGACAUCUGCCAAGGGGAACUGGGAGACUGCUGGCUCCUGGCCGCCAUUGCCUCCCUAACCCUCAAUCAGAAAGCACUGGCCAGAGUGGUACCCCAGGACCAAGGAUUUGGUUCUGGCUAUGCUGGGAUAUUUCACUUCCAGUUCUGGCAGCACAGUGAGUGGCUGGACGUGGUGAUUGAUGACCGCCUGCCUACCUUUCGGGAUCGCCUGGUCUUCCUCCACUCUGCCGACCACAAUGAGUUCUGGAGCGCACUGCUGGAGAAAGCCUAUGCCAAGCUGAACGGGAGUUACGAGGCACUGAAGGGGGGCAGCGCCAUCGAAGCCAUGGAGGACUUCACCGGGGGUGUGGCUGAGAACUUCCAAAUCCGAGAGGCACCAGAGGAUUUCUACGAGAUUCUGGAGAAGGCCCUGCGGCGUGGUUCCUUGCUGGGCUGCUCCAUAGAUACCCUGAAUGCCUCAGAAUCUGAAGCCCGCACACCUUUGGGCCUCAUUAAGGGCCAUGCCUACACUGUGACUGGACUCGACCAGGUAAACUUCCACGGCCAGAGAAUCAAGCUCAUCAGAGUCCGUAACCCUUGGGGCCAGGUGGAAUGGAACGGGCCAUGGAGCGACAGCUCUCCUGAGUGGCGCUCCAUGAGCCUGGAGGAGCAGAAGCGCCUAGGUCACACCGCCCUUGACGAUGGAGAAUUCUGGAUGGCAUUUGAGGACUUCAAGACCCAUUUUGACAAAGUGGAGAUCUGCAACCUCACGCCUGAUGCCCUGGAGGACAACACCCUCCACAAGUGGGAGGUGACCAUCCACCAAGGAAGCUGGGUUCGUGGCUCCACCGCCGGCGGCUGCCGCAACUUCCUGGACACCUUCUGGACCAACCCACAGAUAAAGCUGUCUCUGACAGAGAGGGAUGAGGGCCAGGAGGGCUGCACUUUCCUAGCAGCCUUGAUGCAGAAAGACCGCAGGAGGCUCAAGAGGUUUGGUGCCAACAUGCUGACCAUUGGCUAUGCCAUUUACCAGUGCCCAGACAAGGACGGACACCUGAAUAGGGACUUUUUCAGGUACCAUGCCUCUCUGGCCCGAAGUAAGACAUUCAUCAACUUGAGAGAAGUCUCAGGCCGCUUCCAGCUGCCCCCGGGAGACUAUAUCCUCAUCCCCAGCACCUUUGAGCCACACCAGGAGGCUGACUUCUGCCUGAGAAUCUUCUCUGAGAAGAAAGCUGUUACUCAGGACCUGGAUGAGAACAUAGACAUUGACCUUCCUGAGCUUCCAAAGCCGACACCACAGGAGGAGGAAACCGAAGAGGAGCGGCAGUUCCGGGCCCUGUUCCGUCGAAUUGCUGGUGAGGACAUGGAGGUGUCAGCAGAAGAGCUUGAAUAUGUUCUAAAUGCUGUUCUGCAAAAGAAAACAGCCCUCAAGUUCAAGAGGCUGAGCCUGCUUUCCUGCAGAAACAUUAUCUCCCUGAUGGACACCAGCGGCAACGGGAAGAUGGAGUUCGAAGAGUUCCGGGUGUUCUGGGACAAGCUGAGGUACUGGAUGGACCUGUUUCUCCAGUUCGAUGUGGACAAGUCCGGCACCAUGUCUUCCUAUGAGUUGCGGACAGCACUGAAAGCUGCAGGCUUUCAGCUGGGUAGCCAUCUCCUGCAGCUGAUCGUCCUCAGGUAUGCAGACGAGAACCUCCAGCUGGAUUUCGAUGACUACCUCAACUGCCUGGUGCGGCUGGAGAAUGCGAGCCGGGUGUUCCAGUGUCUCAGUGUGAAGAACAAGGACUUCAUCCAUCUCAACAUAAACGAGUUCAUCAACUUGACCAUGAACAUCUGAGCUUGCACUGACCUGAUGCCGUCUGCCCCUCUGAUACUCAGCUGCUGGACCAUGAACCUCAGAAUUUUUAUUGGAGGGCCAUCCCGCCCAUUGCUCUCUCCCCACUCCACACCACCCUCCUUCCCUCCCUGUCGAGAUUUAAAUCAAAAAGGGAUUGGCCAUGUUCUCCGAUUCAGUGAUACUUCUUCUAAGAUCAUUGCUCCACAGGAACUCAUGGCACUGCCUGUGUCUGUGCUCAGGCCUGGGGUUGCUGUAUGCUCCUCCCUCCACUGCCCCUCCUCCACCAACCGGAGUCCUGGCUUCUGAGUGCUCCAAUCAUGCUAUCAAGAC